AUGGACAUUACAUCAUUAUUUAAAGCUUGCGUGAAAACUAUACGGACGCGAAAUAAAGCGUUUGGUCUUGUUGGUGAUUCAGACAGAAGCAGAAUUUUCCCCCAAAGACCUCAAAAGAAUGAUUUCACCAUAAGGGCCAAAGAAGUAGUGGCCCAAAUAACUCGAUUACGCGAUUUUUUGUUGGAACAUAGAAAAGCCUACUUGAAUUUUGCUAGUCAUUUGCCUGACACCCCUCAAAUGACUGAUUUGGAACGGGAUAAAAUAGAUUCUGGUGCUCAACGCAUUAUGAAUACCUGCUCCCAUUUAAUUCAGAAUUUUAAAAGGGAAUCUGUGAAUAUUGAUGGAUCUCCUCAGCUAUUAGAACACCGACAGGCUGUUCUGGAUCUUGUUGAGUGUUAUUUGAAAUCAGUCUGUAAAAUUUAUUCAGAACAAAGAGCAAUUCGUGUCAAAAGGUCACUGGAAAUUCAGAAAAUAUCAAAACUUGGUGAUAUAGAUCCACUAAAAUCAUAUUCUAAUGAUACUGGGAGAUUAAAAAAUCGUAAAGAGCCUUCGCUUGGAUCAGAAAUUAUUGAAACUACAGUAGAAUUUGAUAAGGACUCUAGUACUAAGAAUAAAAGUAGUGUUCCUGCUUAUGAUCAGUCUUUGAUUUCAGAAGAUGAUCAGUUAACUGCAGAGGAAUUGCAGAUGUUUGAAUUAGAAAAUGCUCAGUUAUACAUCGAACUAAAUAAUUUGACAGAAGAAGUUCGUCAAAUUGAAAGCAAAGUUGUACGAAUUGCAGAACUGCAAGAAAUUUUUACCGAGAAAGUUCUCCAGCAAGAUAAAGACAUUGAUCGAAUAGUGACAACUGUUGUUGGAGCAACGGAGAAUGUGAAGGAUGCUAACGACCAGAUUCGUCAGGCAAUACAAAGAAAUGCAGGUCUACGGGUGUAUAUAUUAUUCUUUUUACUUGUUAUGUCCUUUUCAUUACUUUUCUUGGACUGGUAUAAUGAUUGA